AUGGAUGAAGCAGGUAAAUCGCAAAAAUGUGAAAACCUAUGCUCAUCAGACAUUCUUUCGAAUAUUUUGAUAAAUAAAAAAGACGAAAGCUUUAAUAGUAAUUAUGACAAUUUCAAUAAUACUUAUAGCGAUGGAGAAUGUAGUAAAACAUUUGUCAAAAGUGUAACUUUGGCAAUAGAAAGUGAUAAUGAUUCUUCUUAUAAGAAAGAUAAAUAUAAGGAAUACUCAAAGCAGAGCACACUAAACAUUGAUAAUAACGAUAUAGAAAACGGAGAAGAAAAUGAAACAAAAAGUGGAGCAGAAUAUAAAGCACAAUGUGGUGCAAAAAAUGAAGAUACCAAUGCUUUUGAAGCUAAUAAUUUUUGUAUUAAAAACGAUAAAAAAUUUUACAAUGGUCUUUACGGAAAAACAUAUAACGAAUUAGAAGAAAACAUUCAUGAGAAGGAACUGAGUAUAGAUUAUGUCACUAUUAAAUCGGAUAUAAGAACUGAGAACAAAGUAAAUACAUAUCAAAUGAAUGAAAAUGGAAUUGGUAGUAUAGCUGGAAAAAAUGAAAACGAAAUAACUACGUACAGAAUAAGUGAAAGCGAUUUAAAUAUAAUAGAUUUAGAUGGAAGUCUCACAAAGAUCAUAGAUGUAAAUGAAAGUAAAGUAACUGAAAAUGAAAAUACAAAAUUUGACGAGAAGGAUGAAAAUACUUUAUCAUAUGAAGGAAAGGAUUCGAUUUCAAGUGAAGAGAAUGGAAAAACUUCUUAUAAUAUAUCUGAAAUGUAUGAAGAUUGUUCUGGGAACAAUUUAGAUAUUAAUUGGAAUAAAUCACAAAUAAAAACAUGCAUUAGGAUAAAACCAACAGAAUUAGUGGAAAACAAUUUGGAAAAUGUAAUAACACAAAGAGGAACAAGCAAAAUGUUAAUUAAUUACGGAAUGAAAGGUGAAAACAAAACAUGCGAGUUUUUUGUUGAUAGGGUUUUUAAUGAAAGCAGUACGCAAUCAGAUGUUUGGAAGAGUAUUUGUUUCUGUAUAGAUUCUAUUUUUUAUUUUAAAAAUGCUACCGUAUUUGCUCACGGACAUACAGGCACUGGAAAAACGUACACUAUGAUAGGUCCUGAUAUUAUGGAAUUAAUUAAAAGGAAAAAAAAGAAAACUAAAAAUUCUGCAAGGAAAUUUCACCCGAAUGAAUUAUUAAUUAACACGAAUAGUUUAAAACUUUUAAAUAACAACAGUAAUAAUAUUUUAUGUGAUAGAAAUAGAUCUUGUUCUCAACCAAUAUUCAACUUACCACCAAGAGUAAUUCCGUUAGCAAAUGCAAAUUAUAGUCAUUACAAAAAAACAUGUGAUGUAACCUACAAUGCAAUAAAUUCGAGAUAUUAUCACAAGUCUAAUGUAGAGGGUAUUAAUGAAAAUAAUUUCACAAAAUAUGAAAAUUAUAAAACAUUUUCUGAAUAUCAAAAAGAGUAUAAAUCUAAUACAAAAAAUUUUAAAGAUGAUAUUCGGUUAGUUUUAAAUUCAGAAAAAAAGGGCAUAAUACCUAGAGCAUGUGAAGAAAUAAUGAAUAAGUUGUCCUUAUUAAAGGUGAUAACUAGUAGCACAGAAGAAUACUGCAAACAAAAUGAUGAUUAUAAGAUUGAAGAAAAAACGAAAAAAGGAAGAUAUGAAGAUAAUAAUUCGUAUGAAAAUGAUAAAAAAAUGAAAGACAUAUUUAAAAAUGUCAAAGUGUAUGCUUCUUACAUGCAAUUGUAUAACGAUAGAAUAUUUGAUUUAUUGAAUCCUUAUACAGAAUCACAGCCAUACUUAAGUACACUUAAAUCAAAAUAUUCGAAUAAUAGUACAUUUGUUUCUGGUUUAAUGACUGUAGAAGUAAGCAACUCUGACGAAUUGAUAGAAAUAUUGAUAGAUGGUACUAGUAAUAGAGCUUGUAGGAUUACGAAAACGAAUGAGAUGUCCACAAGAUCACAUUCCAUAUUUAAAAUUGAAUUAAAGUAUGUGAAUAAUUCUAAACCAGAAUGUUCAAAAUCUGGUAUUUUAUUAUUGAUUGACCUAGCAGGUAACGAAAAAUAUGCAGCGUCUAGUGAGAAAUUAUAUACAACAGAAGUAUGUUCUAUAAAUAGAAGUUUAUCAGCUUUAUCUUUAUGUAUAAAUGAAUUAUCGAAAGGAAAUAAAAAUAUUAGCUAUCGAAAUUCUAUUUUAACAAGAUUACUUCAAGAUUCUCUAGGAGGAUCUAGUAAAACUAUUUUUAUUUGCACUAUAUCAUCAUGUAUAAAAAAUGUACGUGAUACUUUAUCUUCUUUGAAGUUAGUGUCGAAGGCAAAAAAAAUACAGUUCGAAAAUAAGAAUACCAGUUCUUAUGCAUUCGAAGAAGACAUAAAAAAAUUAAAAAAGGAAUUAUAUUUUUUGAAAAAAUUUGUUUUUUUUCAAUAUAUUACGAAUAAAUGUGAAAGUAAGAAACGGUUAAAGAAAAUAAAAGAGUUUUAUUUUAGUAACUUGCCUUCUGAGAAAGACAAUUCUGCUUCUACGAGAUCUAGCGAGGAUACAGAUAGGUGUCUUAACAAGGAUAAUGUUAGUGGUAGGAACAGUAGGAACAGUAGGAACGGGAAUAUGGGUGAAAAUGGGGAGAGAGGCAAUACCAACGGUGCAAGUGAAAGUAACACCAAUAGCAGCAUUGGAAGCAGUAGAAGAAGUGAUUACCUCGAAAAUGACGAAAAAUUCUACGGUAAGAAAGCAGGAACAGAGGACAAGAAAAAAGUGGGAAAUAAAUACGCAAAUAAUAAUAAAGAAGAAAUUAUUAGUGAAUAUGAGUUAAAUCACAGCGCCAAUAUAUAUAAAGGAAUAGAAAAAAUUUACAAUGAUUAUGAACUUUCCUCAUUUAAUUCAUUGCUAUAUCAAUGGAAUUUGAAUAAAUCAAGCAUUAAAAAGGUAAAGGAUAAAUUAUUAAAGAAUCUAAAUAAUAAAAAGCAUUUAUGGUUUCAUAAUAAUGGAAAUAUAAAUAAAAAAAGUAUUAUGAACUUCAUCGAAACGCACACCAUAGAAUAUGAAAUAGAAACUGAUGAAGAAAUUAAUGAAGGGAGUAGUGAAUGUCGGAAGCUUGUAGCUUACGAGGACGUUGUAGAAGAGGAGGAAGACACCUACGAGGGUGAUGAUGAUGAUGGUGAUGCCGAUGAUAAUGAUGAUAACGAUGAUAUUGAUGAUAACGAUAAUAAUGAUGAUAACGAUAAUAAUGAUGAUAACGAUAAUAAUGAUGAUAACGAUAAUAAUGAUGAUAACGAUAAUAAUGAUGAUGAAUAUGAUAACGCUUGUUCAGGAGAAGUUAGCAGUAUGAGCUAUUAUGAUGAAGAAUUCAUAAAUGAAGAAAUUGAAAAGGAUGAUAUAGUCGCAGAAGAAGUAGAAGAAAAAGGAGACGAAGGCAGUAUAGAGGGGGAAAAUGAAAGAACAAAAAUAUGUAAUCUGAACGACUGUGGUAAUAAAUGUGCAAGUUUGAGUGAAAAGUCUGCAACAAUGGUGAGAGUAAAUAGUGUAAGCCAAAAUGAAACUGAUGAGGAACUAGAUGAACACAAACAAAACAGGGACGUUUCAGGAAAAGGGGAAGAAAUUAAGUUUGCGCGUAAAAUUACAAAAGAUGCCUAUAUUGGGAAAAAACGUAGCACAAAUGUACAUGUGAGAAAUAAAAAAGAGGAUGAAAUUUUAAAAAAGGGAAAAAAUUAUAUUUAUGUGAAAGAUACCAUUUACUUCAACGGAAAGAAAAACUGUAGUGAUAAAGAUAUGCAUUCCGAAAAGGCAAAGGGGAAUCCUACUAGUUUAUUAAAUGAAAAUUGGGAAUAUAGAGAAGAAAAUUUAGAAAAUUGUGGGGAUAAUUUAGGAUAUUACAGAGAUAAUUUAGAAUAUUUAGGGGAUAAAUUAAGAAAUAUAGUAAAUACGGUAAGUAGUAAAAAAAAUUGCACUUUCUCAACAGAAGUGAGGAUUUCCAUAGACAAUAAACACGGCAAUGUAAUUAAAGAUAAUAAAAAAGAUAUAAUGGAAAAGAAUAAAGAAAGCAAACUAGAGGGAGGAGAUAAAAACGAAGAAACAAGUGAGUUUUUUCAUAAUUUUAAAAUGAAUAUUAAUAAGAAGAAAGAUUUUAAGGAUGUUUUUAAGAAUAGACAAGAUGAGCAUAAUGUGAGACAUGUAAUAGAGAAAAAAAGAAAAAAAGAUAAUUUCAUAAAAAUGAAAAAAAGAGUAAGUAGUCGUUAUAAUUCGAAGAAUGAUAGUUAUGAGGAUAGUAUGCAAGCAUAUAAUUCUCAACCGAAAGGAAAAGAUAUAUAUACAAAACUAGAAGAAUACCGUGAAUUGAGAAAAAUUCGUGGGUCAUCAAGUUUGUUAGAGGGGAAUCUUAGGAAUAACUCUAUAUCAUCAUCGGAUAAAAUCGCAGUUUCAAGUUCUAUAAAAAGUGGAAGGCACAGAGGAAGAGAAAAAAAAGGAAAAAUAGUAAAUAUAGGAAGUACAGGAAAUACAGGAAGUGUAAGAAAUAUAGGAAAGUUAGAAAAAAUAGGAAAAUUAGAAAAAAUAGGAAAAAACUCCUCAACAAUUGGCAGUAACAGUAGAAAGUCAUUCUCUGCAAGUUCGACUAAAGAUACAAAGGAAAAUAGUAGUGGUAAAGAAAGCGGCACCAACUCUACUGACCUAAAUUAUCUACCUGAGUUAGAGAAUUCGAAUAAAAAAAAUAAUUUUGUUAAUAAUGUAGCUAUAAAUAAUAUGGUUAUAAAUAAAGUGAGCAUUUUUCAUAAUUUGACAGAAACUAGUGAUUAUAAUUCAAAAAUAUAUGAAGGAAAAAGUAGCGAUACCACGUGUUUACAUGAUGAAGCGAACAAAUGUGAGGCAUUGAAAAAAGGAAAACUUGAUUAUGAACAUAAAAAGGUAAAGUGUAACAGCUUCUAUUACAACAUAAAUGAUGAAAGAGGUAGAUCUAUUAGUGAAAAUGGCUGUUUCAGUAGUUUAAAAAAUAAAACUGUUAUAGGGAAAAAUAUAGGAGGAAAAUUCACUUAUUAUAUUGAAUUUGACAAGACUAACAAUGUAAAAGAAAAUAUGAUAAAUAAAACCAUGGAAAAAGGUUCAAAUAAAAAUAUUGGUGAAGAGAUAGUAAAUAAUGAAAAAUUCAAGGCAGUCAAAAGUUGUAGGAACAACAAAAAUGACAAUGAAAACUUCUACAAGAAAGACAAAAUAAAACAUCAUCUGAUAGCAGAAAUUGAGGAGAGUUGGUUGAGUUUCGAGAAAAAAUUGGAAAAAAAGUUAAAGCAGAAAAAAGCAGCUCAGGAAAAAGUAGAUGAGGACAAAGAAUUGCAGAACACAUUGAGGAAGGAUGUGCAUGCAAGAGAAAGAGGAAAAAUGGGAGUCAGCCUUAACAAAAUUAGUGCACUGGAGGAAAAUAAGAAAAAAUUAGAAGCAUUAAAAAAUCGCUAUGAGAAGAUAUUGACAGAAUCGCAAAAAAAAGAGGGGAAGAAGGUUUUAUGUGAUGAUUACAUAACAGGUGAUAUCAUAAAGCAUUGUAGUAGCAGCAUGAGUAAUUGUGAUAGAAGAGAUAAAGACAAUGGAAGAAUUAGUAAUAAUUAUAAUGGAAAUUGUCAAGAUGCGGGAUAUACUAGCACUAGCUAUGAUUCUUCUAUGAAGAAUUCUGGGAAUUUUAUAAAUAUGGAUAAGUUUAAAAAUAGAGAGAAAGAUAUGCAUGAUGAGCAUGAGAAAGGGUACCACUAUGAUUCUAAUAUCACUAUUCAUUUUAAUAGAAGUCAGAAUAGUUCAAAUAAAAAAAUGAUAAUAGAUGAUGAUAAGGAAAGUAAAGAAGAGAAACAUAUAUUAUUAAGCAGUAACAUAAUUAAUGAAAAACGGUUGAGGAAGUUAACUGAUCAAUUAGGUAUUAAAAAAAAUGAGAAUCUCCUGUUUUAUAAUAAUUUGAGGAGCUCCAAAUCUGACAUCCGUAAUUGUACUAAGAAGAAUGGAAGUAACUAUCAUAUAUACGAACAGGAUAAUUGUAGUUUAGUGAAGGAUAAAAAUUUAGAAGGGACGUAUCGUAAGAGGUUAUAUAACACCGACACCAUUGCACAGUCAUAUAUACUCAAUAGCAUAAUAAAAAAAGACCAAGUGGAAAGUAAUAGCCCAAUAAAAGGAGAUAAUCCAAGUUUGACUUCUCUAGGAAAGUUUGAUGUUAAAUAUUUUUGGGAAUUUAGUAAUGGUCGUGAUGAUAAGAAUGGGAAUAGCUGUAACAAUGAUACUUACAAAAGUAAAGUAGAUAAAUGUACUAAUGGGUUUAAUGUACAAAUAGAAAGAUGCGUAAAAGGAAGAGGAGUACAUGAUUGUGCUUUAUUAAUGAAGGACAAGAGGGUAAAUCCCAAGGAUGGCGAAACUUAUAGCGGUAGCACUUUUUUUUUUCAAGGGGAGAAAGAAAAUCACUCUGGUAUUCCCCUUCGUAAAGAAAAAGAGAAAGGUGGUGCAGAGCGAGGAGAGGAUAUGGUAAUGAGGAAUAAAAAUGCAGGAGGGAAUGGAAAAGGGGAAUUCAUGAAAAUAAGUUCCAGAAAUGGUACAAGAAAAAGUACUAGAAGAGGAACUAGAUGUGGUACCAGAAGUGGAACUAGAUGUGGAACCAGAAGUAGAACUAGAUGUGGAACCAGAAGUGGUAGUACUAAUGGUAUUAGUAGUGGCAAUCAUAUUAGUCGUAGAGGUAGUAAGCCGGAGAACGAGAAAAGUGAUGUACAUACGCACAUAGAUAACUAUUACACAAAUGGUUCUUUUAAGGGAGAAGAUACGCAUUUAAAGAUGGAUUAUUCGGCUGAUAAUACCAAUUAUAAAAGUAGAAAAAUGCAUAAGAUAAACUUUUUUUAUUUGAAUCAUGGUAAUAAUAACAAUGGUGUAUCGAUAACAGAAAAUAUGAAAAUAAAGAAUUGUAAUUACAUGAAUACGAAUAGUAUGAGUCAUCAUAAUAAUAAAAUUAGUCAUAUGAACAAUAUGAUACCUUAUAAUAAUAAUAAUAAUAAUGAUGAAGUUAGAGUAAAUGGUAGAACAAAAAAUAUACACUACUGUAGAAAUGAUAUGAACUAUGGCAAUAGUUACAUGACAAGAAAUAGCAUCAUUUCGAAUAAUGCAGAAAAUAAGAUGUUGAUUAAUACAUCUGAGUAUGCUAGCGAUAAGAAGACCAACGCUGAAACAUGUUCUCAUAAUUUUAAUAGAUACAAUAACAGAAAGUUCAAAUUAACACUUAAAAAUUUCAAAGAAUAUGAAGCGAAAAUGAAGAGUCGAAUAUACUCAAACGAAAUAAAAAAAGGAAACACUACUCUUUUUGAUUCGUAUUUUUUUGAUAAGAAUAAAAACAGGGGAAGAGUUUGCAACUCGUACAGUGGUCACAGUGCUUACAAUGCAUACAUGAACAGUGAUGGUUACAAUAAUAAUGAUAGUUACAAUAACUACGAUAAAAUUAAUUAUCUGAAUGAUAGAAGCAAAACUAACGAAUGUUCCAAAAAUUGGGGCUAUCAAAUUACAGAAAUUAAGUAUUAA